AUGACGAAACCCCAGCUGCCACGCAAACGCGUGUGCAAACCCAAGGUGAAAUCUGGCUGUAUGCAGUGUAAAGGAGUUAGAAUGAAGUGUCCGGAGCAGCGACCCGCGUGCGCUCGCUGCAAGCGCUUAGGACUCGACUGCUGCUACCUCCCACCUAAAUUGAAGCAGAAUGAGAUGACACAGAACAAGAAGCACACGCGCAUCCGGCAGAUACUCCCCGCAGCUACCAAGGUAGGCGUGCUACCAUCUUCGUUACAGCCGUCCUGGUGUAAUUUGGAGCCAGGCGGGGGCAUGUAUUUUGACUGCUUCCGGGAGCAAGUGGCCCUCAUGAACCAGGAUAUCGAAAUGACCGACUUCUGGCUCCGCACAGUGCUCCGAGCCAGUCACCGCGAUGAAAGCAUCACAUAUGCCAUUACUGCCAUUGGGGCACUCGCACGCACACGAAAGUGCUCGAGCAGACCAUCCUUGUUUAAUCCGGACCUGUCCAAUCAGGAAGGGUCUGCGCAUUAUUGUGCAGCCAUCAAGUAUUACAACAAAGCCAUCACCACCUUCCGCAGAUACAUUGCCAGCUCAAAGGCUGAGGAUACCCACCGGACCAUUCUUAUCAUUACUGUUCUUUUUGUCAUAUUCGAAAGCUUCCAAGGUAACAACCGAGCCGCUGACACCCUAACAGCCACUGGCAUCGUUCUUCUCAAGGACAAGAUCCUACAUUCCGUCAGCGUCAGUGGGGCAUCGCGGUCCUCCCUGGCGGGUGUAAUUGAUGAUCAAGGCAUUGUCGAGGCUGAGCUCUUCUUGGCCCGAUCUGCCACUCUUUGCUCAAAAGCAUCUUACAUCACCCCAUACGCACAUGCGGACGGCCUCAAGGCCAUGCUGAUGAUACCGAGCUCUGGCCUUAAUGUGCCGCCGCCGCCGGAUGGCGAUGCUAGCAUUAAAACAUUGUCAUUCCAAUACUUAAACGUCCUUGCACCUAUCCUGAUCUGGCAUACACGUGUUCGAGCUCACCGGCAGAUGGGCAUCUCGGUCUACAAUCGCUCAGAUUUCCGCCAGCAGCAAGGACUCCUUCUUAGCCAAUUACAAAGAUGGAUAGAGGCAUACGAAGCCCAGCUGCUAGAAAAGAGACACACGAUCCACAUGUUACAUUACUUGAAGUGGCAGCUGGUCUUGACCAAACUCGCGUAUGUUGUAGUCUACUGUGAGCUCGAUCCCACGGGGAACCUCUGGGAUUCUAUGGGGCCUUAUUGCGUAGAGCUCACUCCAAAGUUUCGAGCCCACCUGGAGGCCGAAUUCGUUAACCAUUCAAGGCCAGAUCGCUCAUUGAUCUCUUUAGAAACUACUUCUAUGUGGGGGAUCUUCGUAGCGGCCGCCAUUAAUGUGGCCACAGAGUGCCGGAAUCGAAGCGUACGACUUACUUUGAUAGACUUAUGCAAGCUUGCUACAGACAACCCAUCUUUACGACAUCUACGGGACAGCGUGAUGGCCACGGCUCUUUUCAUCAACGCAGAGGAGGAGGCUAGAGACAAGGCGGGCGAGAUCCCGCUGUCGUCGCGAUACGAUCUUGAAAAAGUCACUCGGGACGAAAGCUCAGGCCAUAUAUGCCUCAGGUUAAUAGCGAAAGGGGCAGGCAAUGAUGGAAGGCGCAAGAAGAGAGAGUUAGUAUACAGCCUGAAAUGA